AUGGAAAAUGAUCCAUGCAGUGUAGAUUAUCUACACAUAAAAUCGCAACACGAUGUAUCCACGAGAAAUUGCCAAAAUGGUGAUAAUUGUAAUAUUGAUGAUGAAAACAUUAUGAACGAUAUGGUAGAAACAGUUUUAAAUGAGUUAUAUGAUAAUGAGUUUGAUUACACCAUUUUGCAACAAGCUCAAAGUUGUACCCUAAAAGAGUUGUUCGAUUCUCUAGUAUUUAAUUGCAAACUAAGGGAUAUGUCAAUUGAUGAAAUUGACUGUUAUAAUGAUGAAUUUGCUGAUUUACAAUCGGUAGACUUUGGUGAGCCAAAUGAUUUCAAAACAGACUGUUAUUUGAAUCAUCAAGUUGUAGAAUUACACAAUCUGCAAUGCAUUUAUUACGAUAUCUUGCAUCCAAUAGACUCUGAUACUGAUGAAUCUUGCAUUUAUGAUGGUCAUUUUAAUCUAUUUGUCAAUAAAACGGAUGAAAAACUUAAGUUGCUUCAAUCUACCUCGGAUAUAGCAAAACUUGAAGGUGUGAAAACUGAGAUAAAUGUAUCCAAAAUAGACAAUAUGUCACAUGAAAAUGAAAGGGAAGACUAUAAAAAACAGGUAAAUUAUGAUGCAAAUUGCGGUAAAGAAGAUGAAUUGUCAUUAGAAUGCAAAAAAUACAACACAUAUGUGUAUGAUCAAACUGACAAAUGUACACCUGAAUUGUUCAUAAAAUCGUCCAGAAUAAUCUCAUCCAAACUAAACCAUCUUUCAUCCGAAGUGUACAAUAGUCAAAAUGACGGUGCUUUGGAUAAUAAGGUUGAAGAGACCAUGACUGGGAAUGUUGAGACUGUCAGUGAAAUUGGCAAACACGUUGCUCAAAAAAAUAUUGAGAAACUCGAACAAUAUAACCAAGUAAUUGGCGUAACUCAAGAUAAAAUUAAAACUGGAGAAACAACUUGCGGUAAUAUAAUAAAAGAUUCAUUAAAAACUAGUGAAAGUUUUGGUAAAUCCAUAGAUUUAUCAGAAACUAAUGAUAAACAGAUUGUAGUUGACUGUACUUCAGAGGAACUUAAAAGUGAUAUUGUCAAAAAACUUUCAAUAAAAUCAACAAAAAAUUUGGAUAAUGUUGAUGAUGAAACAGUUAAGGAGUCUUCUAUAGUUAACGAACAAUUGAUUAAAAAUAUAUCGGAUACAACUGAUAAAAAUGUAUCUAUAAUUAAAGACGGUGCAAACACUUCUGCUGUUAAAGAUUCAGGCACUAAAGAUUCAAUUGAAAUUGAACCGCCAAUAGAAAAUGACAACUCAAUUCUGCCAUUGGAAACUAAUGAGUUGCCGAUUGCAACAGGCGAAUCGCAUAAAAAGGUUGAUGGUGUAGCUAUGUCGGAAGAGGGUAAUAACAAAAAGCAAACACUCGAAGUUAGGCCAAAAUUGGAGUGUAAAACUAAUAGCGAUGAACAUACUAGUGACGGGAUAACUAAAUCUACUGAUAAUGGAGGGAUCGGUGAAUCAAUAAGAGUAGAGUCUACGGAUAAUAGUAAUAAAAACGCGAGCCCUGAAAAGGUAUCAAGUGAAGAAACUAAUGCGAAGAAUAAGGAGAAAGGUAAUAAUAAAAGGAGGAGUAUCACCCAAAGAGGGAUAAAUUCUACUGUCUACAUUAUUACAGCAAACAAAAAUGCCACUUUCGCAGAGUGCAAAAUCAAAUAUGACACGAAGAAUCACACACUACUAAUUAAAAAAUCCAACAAUACAUUCGAAAUACAUUCAAAUAAUAUAAUGGCAGCGGUUAUAUCCAAACCUAAUGACAUUCCGAUUUUGCUCAAAAUUUCAAUCAUCGGACAGUCCACAGUUAUGGUUCUCAGCUUUGAAGAUAAAAAAAUAGUUGAUGAACUUGAGGCAUUACUCAAUACUAAGACUCUUUAA